GAGGAUGCGACUGUGUAUCUCUACACUCAUCCCGCAAGUCGAAAUCGCAACACGACCAUUUCCGUGAUCAAACAAGGUUUGGAGCCAGCUACAUUUAUCGGACUGUUUGACAAUUGGAAUCAUAAUCUGCUAAGGGAUUACAAACCGUUCGAAAUCUUCUGUACUCUGCUGGAGGAUACAGAUCAAUCGGCAAGGAUGCAGAUGACCUCGAAGGUCACCACAGACUUCGACAAUUACAUCAAGUACUCGCCCACAAUGCUGAAAAGCGAACCGGAUAAUUUGCCGGCCAGUGUGGACGUUAGACGCAAAGAAAUGCACCUGACUUAUGACAAUUUCAUUGCAAUCUUCAAAAUGGAACCCGCGGAAUUCGAAAAACUACCGACAUGGAAGAGACAACGUCUCAAACAAACUGCUGGACUCUUCUAAUGAUG